CAGACAAAUUCCAGACCGCCGAGACCGAGCUCCUUCUUACAAUUGCGCACAAUUGCGCACACUUCCACCGCGGCAAUGUACGCCUCCCAAUGGUUCCUCACCCUCUACACCUACAAUUUCCCUCUCUCAUUCGUCUUCCGCAUUUUCGACAUAAUCUUCGCCGAAGGAGCGAUCGAAACAAUUCUACGCUUCAGCAUCGCGAUAUUGAAGAAGAACGAGCCGCUAUUGCUGAAAGAGGAGGAGUUUGAGAAUGUUUUGGAUGUGUUGAAGGGCGACCGGUUGUUUGCGGCGUAUAAUAAUGACGCCGAGGCGGUGGUGCAGGAUAUAGCAAUGGAAUAUGUGCGACCAGCGUUGAGCGACCAGCGAUUCUGCGCGCGUUGAGCGUGAGGAGCGGGGAACGAGGCAGGCAAGGCAUUGGCAUUGGGCUUUCGUCCACAGAGCACAUGCCCUCAAGUUGUUAAGCAAGAAGCCAAUUUUUCCAAAGUAGUUGUAAUAGACACAGAUAUUAUGUAGAUAUCUACAUAUUAGACAAAGCAAUUGAUACCGCACUAAGAUUGCCACGCCGAUAUUGAACGGCAUCCUACUCCG